AUGAAGAUUCUGGAAGCGGAUUAUAGAAAAUGCCCUCAUCUGACGUCAUACAAUCAAGUUGAGGGGUUGGGCAAAGCGGCAGAAAUGAAUGAGAAAAUGAUCUUUGACUAUUUCAAGAUGAGAAGAACGAUGGAUAAGAAUAUGAAGUUAAGAGAUGCUUCGGAAGAUCCUUCAGGAGUUGUUCAGUCGCCAGAACUCAAGGAUCCAGCUCCACCAGUGCCAUCUCAAGUUCCAUCUCCUUAUUUUGGUGUUCGUCUAGUCACUCAGCAAGAACUCAAAAAUCCAGCGCUAUCAUUACCAGCUACCAAAGUGAUUCACUGCCAACAGACUCAUGGAUCUCAAAACUCUAAAGAUGUGGCUCCAAAGAAUGAGGAAAAUGAAUUUCAAGAUAAUCAGACGAUUUUUCCACGUGAAGCAUACUUCCUGUCUCCACAUAAUUGGCAAAAACUACUCAUACAACAUCAGGAAGCUUGUGCGGCCUUCCAUGCUCACGUUGCUCAGAAACAAUCUGUGAAUGCUCCAGUUGAUUACCCCCGGCAUGCUUCAAAACCACCUCACCUUCUUUCAUCAAUCAUAUCUGAAGAAAUGGACUACCCCAUCUCUCCAAUGACUCCAGCGCCUGAGGAUUCAGUCCAAGCGCAAAAUGAACAAAUAACUUGUAGUGAAAAAGAUGUGAGAUCUCAAAUGCGUCUUCUACAAGACCUCUGUCGUCAAAUACGUAUGCCAGCCGCACAAGAAGCCCGGAGAGCACAUGUCGCUGUCACUCCGAGUAUCCAGGUUUCCAACAAGAGAAAAUAUUCGCCAUCUCUAGACGCUCUCACUGAUAAGCCAACAGUAUCUUCUCUUAUUGCUAAGCGGACCAAUCAUGGAUUGUUGGUUGCUCCAGCUACUUGUCUCCCUCACGUUAUGCUCAAUAAGAAUCUUUGCCCAUCUUCAGAAGCUGAAGUUAAUGAGCUCGUUGCACCUACCCCAGAACAAGAAGCCCAGCGACGUCAAGAACGCAUGAAUUUGUAUAAUGGAUGGUUCCAGGAUACUUACCUUCCUUAUAACCAUUCGAUAAACUAUGAGGACUGGACAUCUCAACAAGUUCAAGAGUUCGCUAUUCAAUUUCUGCCAUUAGAUGCGAUAUUGACUCUCAUGAAAGAGAAGGUGGAUGGAUCAAACAUGGAAAUGAUUAGAUGCGGAGAUACUGGACUUUUAGGACAAUUGUACGCUGGAUCCAAUGGACAAUUCGUUUUGGAGCAUUGGAAUUUGAUAAAAGAUAAUAUAGAAGUUAUCUGGCUGUAUAGGAAAGGGAAUGAAGAAAAAUGA